UUCAACUACCUGUUCCAUGAAGAUACGACGGCGGAUAUGAUCACGUUCACGUGGUCGACUUAAGAACCGUCCGCCCGUUCCCCCCCGUGCUAAUCUCCCUCCACCUCUCGUCCAACGAGAUAAUAUCUAAAAGAGAACGAACAAUUUACCAAUUUGUCCGCGGCAUAUUCGCAGUUUGUACCGUACAAUCCGCGACGCGACACAUUUCCGAAACCGGUGCGAAAAUUUGCUUUAAAGUACAUACGGACGGUCCGAUCGUGUGUGACACGGUUGGGAUGGUGGGCCUCGUAACGCGGUGAUUUCAUCGCGAUUGUGUUCCGAUUCGAUGGUCGAUUGUGUCCCAUUCAAAUGUGUGUGCGAAUUCGGGGAUUGUUGCAAUUAUAGCGGCAAUGAAACCCGUUGACGUUUCACCGUUCGGUUGUAUGUGUGUUAUGUGAGGCGCUCUCCUUUUUUCUCUUUCGUCCUGGAAGCGAUAAUUUUGCUUUUAUCGGGCCGGUUUCCGAGGAGGUGGUGGCUGCCAAUACAUACUCAUGAUAAAUGGUUGCGGCAUCGGAAAACAACCGUUCCUUCGGAAUGGACAACCUGGGCUUCCAGGACUCGACCAAUUCCAGGAAGCUGGGUCGUUCGGUCAGCGUGAACGCGGAAGUAGAGAGUUUUCCCCUGUACAAGACGCACACGUCGGCCACGCUGCUGAGAUGGCGACGCAACCGCGACAAUCCCGAGGUCAUGUUGGAGGAGGAAUUCCCGUCUGACGAUUUCGAAUACAUGGAGUGCGGCCCCUCGCCCCCCGCCGACCACACGCCCAACAUCUACGAGAGUUUCGAGGAGUUCUCGACGAGCAGCGAGCUCACGGUGCAAAUAUGCCACGACACGAUCAAAAUGAACCUGCUCGAGCACAUGAAGCUGUCGUCCGGCAGGCACCAGCUGCUCGACGACAUCGAGAGCAAGAAAACUACUCAGGACAACUUGGCCGUGGCGUUCGCCGGCGCGUCAAAGUUGGAGAUAAACAUAGCCUUCUUGUGGGCCGGUUUUAUGAAAAGAUGGGACUUACUUGAUGGACUUUUACAGCUAGGCGCGCAGCUUAAGUACUACGAACCCAGUCAGGGACUAAGUGCCUUGCACUUGACUUCGUUCAGUGGUUGCAUACCUGGUACUCAGUACCUCAUUGCGCAAGGGUGCGACGUGAACGCCAUUUUUAAGUGCUACACCCCUUUGCACUGUGCAGCCUUUGGGGACAACGCUGAGACAGCCAUGAUACUUUUGACUCAUGGGGCGAAGGUGCAGGCUUUGACCAACAGUCCUCACAAUUGUCACGAAAGUGUUUUGCACUGUGCCGUCAGAGCAAACGCUGUAGCAUGCGUGAGGUUAUUUACCAAGGAAGGUGCUGAUGUAGGGCAGGUGGAGUACUCUGGAAUGUCCCCUGUUCACUUGGCCAGUGAUUUGGGACAUUCACAGUGUUUAAAAAUUAUGCUUGAAGCUAAAGGCAACAAUGUGAAUGCCAAAACAAAGGAAAAAGAACUAACACCAAUACAUUUGGCAGCUGAGAGCGGCUAUGUGGAAUGCGUAGACAUUCUCUUGGAGAAAGGCGCAGAUGCAAAUAGAAGAAAUCACAGGGGACAAACAGCUUUGCAUUUGGCAGCAAAAUCACAAGCCUACGACUGCGUAGAGCUUCUACUGCGUAAAGGUAACGCCGACCCCAAUAUUGGAGACUGCGACAAAAGAACACCUUUGCACGCAGCCGUGUGCAAGGCCGCUCGUUCUUACGAUAUAAUCGAGAUACUCGUGAGCUACGGCUCCGACGUCAACACCAAAGAUCAGUACGGAUACACUCCCCUUCAUAUCGCAGCUUUAAACGAACUGUCACAAUGUGUGGAGAUUCUUAUAUAUCACGGUGCAGAUGUUACUGCCAAGUCCAAGUUGGGAAUAACAGCCCUUGGCACUAUUACACGCAAAACACCUGCCUCUUUGGCCAUGGUAACUCAGAAGCUGGAUUCUGCUAUAACCUUACACCACCACCCCGAAUCAUCCAACAGAGAAGUUGAAUUACGUUUGGAUUUUCGCAGCAUUCUGCAGCAUUGUCAUCCCAGGGAAAUAAGCUUCCUUAACACGUUUGUGGACGAAGGACAGAAAGAGAUCCUUCUUCACCCCUUGUGUUCGGCUUUCCUUUAUUUAAAAUGGGAGAAAAUCAGAAAGUAUUACAUCGCUCGCAUGUUAUUCUGCUUUAUUUUCGUUUUAAGUUUGUCCUUGUAUGUUUUGACUGCCCUGGCUCACAACUGCUACAACCAUGGUAAGAACAUGAACGAUACGCAGCCACAGAACGUCAUAGAACUGUGCGAGAAGAAGUCGAUGAUGGGACACAUGCUGAGAAACAAUCCCUUUGUAAUCGAGAUGCAAUGGUUCGUGCUUGUGGGCAUAACCUGUUGCGAGAUACUUAGAAAAGUGUAUGGAAUCGCUGGAUAUCCUAGCGUUAAGCAGUACUUGUCACAUCCGGAAAAUAUUAUCGAAUGGACGGUAAUAGUCAGCGUGUUUGUCAUUUCCUUUAUUUACACUGGAAGAACCUACACUUGGCAGAAUCAUAUCGGGGCGUUUGCAGUUUUAUUUGGCUGGACCAAUUUGAUGUUAAUGAUAGGUCAAUUACCAAUCUUCGGCUCGUACGUAGCCAUGUACACGAGGGUUCAGGGAGAAUUCGCAAAGUUACUUUUGGCUUAUUCAUGUCUAUUGAUCGGUUUCACAAUAAGUUUCUGCGUGAUCUUUCCCGAUUCAUCCACAUUCGCAAAUCCCUUCAUUGGUUUGAUCACCGUUCUGGUUAUGAUGACCGGGGAGUUAAAUCUCGAUUUGCUGGUCGACGACGAUCCGGAGGAUCCACCAUUUUUGCUAGAAAUCAGCGCCCAAGUAACUUAUAUUUUGUUUUUGCUGUUCGUAACGGUGAUCCUGAUGAACCUGCUGGUCGGCAUAGCCGUUCACGACAUACAGGGGCUGCAAAAAACUGCGGGACUCUCCAAACUGGUACGACAAACCAAAUUGAUCUCUUACAUGGAACUUGCCUUGUUCAAUGGGUAUCUACCGAGGUACCUUCUGAAUUUGUUACAUUGGACUGCUUUGGUGUCGCCGAAAGCAUACCGGGUGGUUUUGAACGUCAAACCUUUGAACCCUCGCGAGAAACGCUUGCCAAGAGAUAUUUUGAAAGCCGCACAUGAAAUUGCCAAGAAAAGAAAACAUUACGGCCACACAAUUUCGUCUCAGGGCAGUCAAGUUCCGACGUACAACAGAAAAGUGACAAACAACAAUACGGAUCAAACCAGUGAGAUUUUCGAAUACUCCAACGCAUUGCCUCUUUUACAGAGCAAAUUGGAGAACAACAGUGAGCAGAUCGAGCAUUUGAGCAAAGAAAUACGAGAAAUGAAAGCCCUUCUUCUUGACAUGUAUAAAUUAUUUGAAAAUAAUCAAAAUUGUGCAAGCUCGAAAUGUUAAUCAGUUAUUUAAUGUUCAGGCCCACCUUACAAUUUUAAUAUUUAAGUUCUUGGUGGGUUCAUAAAAUAUUUAAACUAAUCUACAAUCAUGUAUGUACAAUUAGAAAUAUUGAAUAUUUUUAUACUGUGAUUUUACAUUGUUACUUUUUGGAAAUACAUAUAUUAAUAAAUAUGUAUAUUUUUAUGUAAAUGUUAAAGUAUAUAGAUUUUAUUUAUAAGUGAAUGGUGCAUUUAUAAAUGAAGGUUGCACAAAAGGAGUUUGUUAAACCAUUUUCCCUCUGUACAACUCUUAUUUAUAAAAAUAUAUUUAUAUAAUAAUAUAUAUUUACAAAAUGCCAUUUGAAAGUGUGAUAUUAGUCAAUUAGUGGUUGUGAGAUAGAGAUAUUUUAACUUUAGUAUUAGUGAUUUAUAUAUCCCAUGUUAAAUAAAAGCGCUUACAACAGAAUUUAGUUUUAUUUAUACAUAACAAAAACUACUUUUAUUCAUGCUGGAAGACUUGGUAUGAACAGUUGAAACAUGUUUCUAUUCAAUAUA